GGUUGCCAAUUCGAAGUUCGUUGUAUUCGACAGGGAUUAGUCUGGAGAUCACUUCAGUAGGUCCAUAAUUUCCCGCGCCAGGGAGAUCCACCAUAAUCUCAUCAUCAGCCUCUGGGGUCUAUGACGUCGCGCUGAUGUUAUAUUCUUAAUGGCCACCUUUGAAACAUGGAGAUUUUUAUCGUGAUGCUGAUCAGGUACCAAGGCGCCUCACAUUCUACGGGCUGUUAUCGAUAGAAGCAAGGCGAAAAAUGACGUAGGUAGAGCAAGAUGUGCCUCUCCAUGCCCCUCCUCACCAGCACCUACCGCUUCCAUAAAACUUAGACAACCCGGCUAGCAAGCUCAUGGGCUUUUGAAUCAUUCCCAUAUCACUCUAUCCUCACUUCUUCAUACCCCCUCAAACUCGUGAAAGAUUAUCCAGAAUCUCCUCUACACAACCCACAACCACUCUCUACAACUCAUCAACAUGUCUUCAAACGUCGGAAGCUCAGGUGUCUAUGAGGCAGGCGACCAGCGUAACCUCAAGAACUCCGAGAUCCCUCAUCCAGACCGCUUUGAGGAGGGUAAAGAGAACUCUCAUCUCCCCAACGACUCCAAGGACCAACGCACUAUCGCCAACCGCCUCGCCAAUGAGGAGCGGAAGAGCGACGAGAAACCCGAUGAUCCAGAGACAGCCUUGUUGAAGAAGGACCCUACUUUACCCGCCAAGAUGCACGGUAACGAGCCUUCUAAAGGUGCCAAGAUUGAUGCCGAGUUGCAAGCUGAAGAAGAGGAGUAUAUGGAAAGAAAGGGCAAGGCAUAAAGUAUGUUGUCGAAGAUAUGCAUACCCCCACUACUCGGAGGCUGUGUAUGACCACCGUAUAUGACGAGUAGAUUUCUAAUAGACAACGCGCAGCGAACUUGUCCAGC